GGCGCCCGGGUGCCAGUCCCGGAGAGAGCGCCCGUGGCGGGGCCGGCGGCCGGGCAGCCGCAGGUGGGGCCGCGAGCGCGGCCGAGGGACCAAGCCCGGCAGCCCUGGAGGCCCCCGCGGGGAGCGCCCAGGAUGCCCCGCGGGGACUCAGAGCAGGUGCGCUACUGCGCCCGCUUCUCCUACCUCUGGCUCAAGUUCUCGCUCAUCAUCUACUCCACAGUGUUCUGGCUGAUCGGGGGCCUGGUCCUGUCUGUGGGGAUCUACGCCGAGGUUGAGCGGCAGAAAUACAAGACCCUCGAGAGUGCCUUCCUGGCCCCGGCCAUCAUCCUCAUCCUCCUGGGGGUCAUCAUGUUCAUCGUCUCCUUCGUUGGUGUGCUGGCUUCCCUCCGUGACAACCUGUGCCUUCUGCAGGCGUUUAUGUACAUCCUUGGGAUCUGCCUCAUCAUCGAGCUCAUUGGCGGCGUGGUGGCCCUGAUCUUCCGGAACCAGACCAUUGACUUCCUGAACGACAACAUCCGAAGAGGCAUUGAGAACUACUAUGACGAUCUGGACUUCAAAAACAUCAUGGACUUUGUUCAGAAGCAGUUUAAGUGCUGUGGCGGGGAAGACUACCGAGAUUGGAGCAAAAACCAGUACCACGACUGCAACGCCCCCGGCCCCCUGGCCUGCGGGGUGCCCUACACCUGCUGCUUCAGAAACACGACAGAGGUCGUCAACACCAUGUGUGGCUACCGAACCAUCGACAAGGAGCGCCUCAGCGUGCAGGACAUCAUCUACGUGCGGGGCUGCACCAACGCCGUGCUCAUCUGGUUCAUGGACAACUACACCAUCAUGGCGGGCAUCCUGCUGGGCAUCCUGCUCCCCCAGUUCCUAGGGGUGCUGCUAACGCUGCUGUACAUCACCCGGGUGGAGGACAUCAUCACGGAGCACUCUGUCACCGACGGGCUCCUGGGGCCUGGUGCCAAGCCCAGCGUGGAGGCCGCAGGCACCGGCUGCUGCAUGUGCUACCCUGGUUAGGGCCCCGGCUGGACCAGGCCAGGGCGGCACCUCCCAGCCCACGCCAGGGGCUGGCCAAUAGUGCAGCCCCAAGCCCCGCUCUCGGCACUGACCAAAGCCCAGGCCAUGUCUGGCCGGUGGGUGGGCUGCCCGUGCUGGCGUCCCACGGCCACUGCCGGCCAAGCCUGAGCCCCUUCCCCUUCAAGGCUUCUUGGGGCCCCUCCUGGAUCCUGCUCCUGCCCAGAGUGGCACCCACACUGCAGGGCUUGGGGAACAAAGGCACCUCUUCUCCAGGCCUGGGUGGCCUGGGGUGGGGUUGGGGGGCUCAGGGUUCAGCUCAGGGCUAAUUCCUGGCAGUGCCUUGGCCGGUGGUAUUUAUGCCCCUCUGAGGACAGUUUUGGGGGAAUUUGUAAAUGGGGAGAAGGAAGCACUUGUGACCUUCUGGGGCAGGUGGGCCGGGUGCAGCCCUCCGGCUCCUUGGCCAUGCUCCAAAGCCAGGUCGGGCCCCUUUCCCCUUUCUCAGCUCCCAGGUGCCUUGAGUGCCCACCACCCCCCACCCCACCCCCCGCCCCGGACCACUAUUUUGCUGGCCCUGUUUUUUAUGUGAUUUUUGUAACACUCAAUGUUUGUACGGCGUUAACAGUCGUUUCUGACUGAUUAAUCAGAGCUGGGUGUCUCUCCAUGUGCCCCCUUCUUGUCCCUCCAAUCCAAUUCAUUAAUCAAACCAUAAAGGUGUGAUUUUUGUUGUUGU